AUGCUAACCCCGCCGCCAGACGAAGGAGGCCUCAAUGCCCCGUUGAACGCCCAGCAAGACGACGCAUGCGACUGGACCGCCGCCCUGCCCCAGACGGACCAUAUCCGCUUCUUCCAAAACACCGACUGGUCGCAAACCUGCCUGGGACCGCUGAACACGUGGAGCCCGUCGCUGCGCCUGUUUACCAGCUAUGUGCUGGCCGAAUCCCGCGCAGCGUGUCUGUGGUGGGGAGAUGUCUCGAGUCUGACGGCCAUAUACAAUGAGAGCUAUGCGCCUCUGGCCGCCGGCCUGCACCCUGGCCUCAUGGGAUCCCUCUUCCAGGACGGCUAUCCAGAUCUCUGGCCAACCAUCGGCCCCUAUUUCGAACAGGCAAAGAGAACCGGUACCGGUGUCAGCUACAGCUCCGCUGCUUCUACCCUCGUCGAGCGCAAGGGCUAUCGGGAAGAGGCCUUCUUCUCGGGCGGCUUUGCGCCGGUAGGCAUGCCAGGCGCGAUUGAAGGCUACAUCAACAGCGUUUACGAAGUCACGAGCCAGAAACUCGCCGACCGUCGCACCAGCUGCCUGAAUAAGCUUGCAUCUGUGGCUCUUCAGUCUACCGACGCCGUCUGCUCUCACAUCCUCGCCACACUCGAGCUCAAUGCCAACGAUGUGCCCCUAGCCAUGCUGUACAAGAUGGAUCAAGAGCCAGGCUCAAAUCUGCUGAAGCUGCACGGACAAAUGGGGCUUCCCGAAGGUCACCCCCUCAUCGUCAACUCAGCAACAAUCGACUGUGAGGAAGGCCUCAUCCCGGAUAUGCGGCGAGCCGGCACAGAUACAACCACAAUCGACUACGAUGAGCGCUUCUCAUCUGCCUCGUGGAAAGGCUGGGGCGCACCGUCACAGAAGAUUGUCUUCAUACCCAUCAUGUGCGGUGUGCGUCUUUUUGGCUACCUCAUCGUUGGCACAAAUCCCUAUCGUCCACAUGAUGAAGUUUGCGAGCAAUUCAUUCGAGACCUCAGUCGCAUGGUGUCGAGUAUCAUUACCUCUGCGGCAGAUUCCGAAAUGAACAAAAAGCGCCAAGUCCAGCUCGAAGCGGACCUCGCUUUUAGCGACCUUAAGCUACGCCAUCUCAUCGACCAUGCAUCCGUAGGCAUGUGCCAUGUUUCACUUGAUGGAUGUAUGCUCUGGGCAAAUGAUCACUACUACGAAUUAGCUGGUAAAUCCCCGACAGAGCAUACAACCAGCCUCGCCUUCCUCGAUGCAUACCAUGAGGACGAUCGCGCAAAAGCAGAAGAAAUUUGGGAUCGUUUGAUCAACGGUGUGGACCACAUCACUGCCGAUCUGCGCUUGAAGCGAUUGUAUACGCCUCCAACCGGUGACCCGGAACCAGCCCAACUUCAAGUCCUCGCGUUUCCAUACCGCAAUGAACAUGGCAGUGUCAUGAGCGUCAUGGCUUGCACUACAGACAUCAGCCGGUUAUGCUGGGCAAAAACAUUCCAGGCUCGAUUGGCUCGUGAAGCUAGGGAAGCAAAACGACAGCAAGAAGCUUUCAUUGACGUUGUGUCUCACGAGAUGCGGAAUCCGCUUAGUGCUAUUGUACACUGUGCAGAUGCAAUCGCAAACGCCGUGGAAGAAUGCCAGACACAAAUUGCCGAUAUACCCAAACCGUGCCUCGAUGUCCUCAAUGACAACAUACAAAGUGCCAACAUCAUUAUACAGUGUGCAAACCAUCAGCGGCGUAUCAUUGACGACGUGCUUACCCUCAGCAAGCUGGACUCUAUGCUGCUAUCGAUAACACCGGUCCCCGUCAAACCUGCAAAGCUCGUGGAUUCUGUCAUCAACAUCUUUGAAGCCGAGCUAAAGACGCACAAGAUCGCCUACAGCAUAACGCCAGAUCCGUCCAUCCUGGAUUUCAACAUUGAAUAUCUCUAUUACGAUCCGUCACGAGUGACACAGAUCUUUAUCAACCUGCUUACAAAUGCGAUCAAGUUUGUCAAGCCAUCCAAAAAUCCGGCCAUCUCGAUUCGUUACGGUGCCAGUAAAUCAGCACCACGGACUCUGUUUCCCGCCAAUAUGUUCUGGGCGACCGAUGGCAAAGACUACGGAGACGUUACAAGCACCCCAGAUUGGGGCAAGGGCGAAGAAAUAUAUCUUGGCUUCAGCGUGCAAGACUCCGGAAUUGGACUACAAGAGAAAGAGAUUCACAAGAUUUUUGAACGUUUCAGACAGGCGAAUGUAAAGACGCAUGUCAAUUACGGGGGGAGUGGCCUGGGUUUGUUCAUCUCCAAAGAGCUUACAGAGAAGCAGGGAGGUGGGAUUGGAGUUGCUUCCGUCUCGGGCGAGGGCUCGACAUUUGGAUUUUACGUCAAGACGAGAAGAGCAGAACGCAAACUCAAGAAACCCAAGGAGAUUUUCUGGAAAGCCGGGGAUCACAAGCCCAUAUCCAUGCCACUACGAGUUUUACUGGUGGAAGACAAUAUCAUCAACCAGCAAGUUCUUGGUAAACAGCUUAAGAAAGCUGGUUGUUGUGUCAAUGUGGCGAAUCAUGGCCUCGAAGCACUCGAAAUCUUGAAUCAAAAGACUUUUGACAUUGUGCUGAUGGACUUGGAAAUGCCAGUGCUUGACGGCCUGGAAGCAAUGCGUAGAGUCCGGCAGAAAGAAGCGGAUGAAGGUCAUUUUACAAGACUCCCUAUCAUUGCUGUUACAGCAAACGUGCGGAAAGAGCAAAUCGAGGCAGCCAUGAUUGCUGGCGCGGAUCGCGUUAUGCAGAAGCCUUUCAAAGCCGCCGAUCUCGUAUUUAUGAUGAAGUCGUUGGUACCAGAACUAGCGCCUUCUUCAAUUGAUCCACCAACACCAGGACUAGCGAUUCGGUCAAAUGCGUUAGUACCUUGA